UUCAUUGUGGAUCGUUCCACGCAAAAGCGCGUAUCCUUACGUAAACGACGCAUUUUCUAGCGUGAAAAAAGGCGUCCCUAAAUGUAACAGCAGCAAAAGAGAGCAAAGGGAGAGAGUACUGCGCUAUGAUCGUUUACUUACUUUCCGUUAGGAGGCAUCUGGCUCGGCUUUAACAGUCGCGUUACUCUAAAGCGAAGAGAAACAUCUUUUACACCUUUUCCGACUUUUGUGAGGAAUCACGAGGAAGCCGACAACGUCCCUCCGGUUUUUGAUGUAAGGGGCCUGAAUUAUUAUCAUUUUAUCGGAUGUGUAUCAACGUCCAUGGGCUGAUGCGGCGGCCGUGGCAAGUCUCAGCUUCAUCGAUACCAACCGGCUCCGUACGAAGACUAUAAAGUGAACGAUUAAAUUCGUCUCAUCGCGGAAGAUUUUCAACUUUGCGCAUACGAGAUCGUUCAGGACAAUGCUGAUAUGAACAGUUAUAGACGGAAUGUGUGCUCAGUAUAAUGUGUUUUAGGCUUUUCCUUGGCAUUUUCGAACAUCAGCAGCAUUAACACGGGACUAAAUUGGCACAAUCUUGAUUAUGAAGUGUUUUUAAAAGGCAUAAUUGAUGCUUAAAAGCGCACAUUUUCGUCCACUAGCCGGGGCUGAUGAAAUCAGCUGACCACCAUUGAAUUCAUCACAUUUGAAGAUAUAUCCCGUAGUUUCCUGUCAAUCUCAUAAGCAGCGAACUUGUUGGAUACCCAAAUAUUUGCUGGUGUGUCUGAGGAGUCCGGAAUUUGAAGUACAGGUAGAUCUCGGAGAUGUCAGGCCGGCCUAGGACCACCUCAUUCGCCGAGAGCUGCAAACCAUUGCCGCAGCCUUCAGCCUUUGGGAACAUGAAAGUCAGCCGAGAUAAAGACGGUGGCAAGGUCACAACCGUGGCCGCGACCCCCGGGCAGGGUCCCGACCGAUCCCAGGAGGUCAGUUACACGGACACAAAAGUCAUCGGAAACGGCUCGUUCGGCGUCGUGUAUCAGGCAAAGCUUUGUGACACUGGUGAGCUGGUGGCCAUUAAGAAGGUUCUGCAGGAUAAAAGGUUUAAGAAUCGUGAGUUACAGAUUAUGAGGAAAUUGGAUCACUGUAACAUUGUUCGUCUGCGGUACUUCUUCUACUCCACUGGAGACAAAAAGGAUGAGGUUUAUCUGAAUCUGGUGAUGGACUACGUUCCUGAGAACGUCUACAGAGUGGCUCGACACUACAGCAGAGCCAAGCAGCAUCUGCCCAUGGUUUAUGUGAAGCUGUAUAUGUACCAGUUGUUUCGCAGCUUGGCGUACAUUCACUCAUACGGCAUCUGUCAUCGAGACAUCAAGCCUCAGAACCUCCUGCUGGACCCAGAGACAGCCGUAUUGAAGCUCUGUGACUUUGGAAGUGCUAAGCAGCUGGUGCGUGGUGAGCCCAACGUUUCCUACAUCUGCUCGCGCUACUACCGAGCCCCUGAGCUCAUCUUUGGAGCAACAGACUACACUUCCAGCAUAGAUAUUUGGUCAGCUGGCUGCGUUCUGGCCGAGCUGCUAUUGGGACAGCCUAUAUUUCCUGGUGAUAGUGGCGUAGAUCAGCUGGUUGAAAUCAUCAAGGUGUUGGGUACACCUACACGAGAACAGAUCCGCGAGAUGAACCCAAAUUACACAGAGUUUAAGUUUCCACAAAUUAAGGCACAUCCAUGGACUAAGGUUUUCCGGCCACGCACCCCACCGGAGGCGAUAGCUUUGUGUUCGCGGUUGUUGGAGUACACUCCCACGUCCCGGUUCACUCCUCUGGAAGCGUGUGCUCACACGUUCUUCGACGAGCUCCGAGAACCCACCCUAAAGCUUCCCAACGGGAGAGAAAGACCCGUGCUGUUUAAUUUCACUACACAGGAGCUGUCCAGUAACCCCUCGCUGACUUCCAUUCUCAUCCCCACCCAUGCUCAGAACCAGGUGGAAAACUCCGUUGCCUCGGCUGCAACAGGUGCCAACAGUGGCGAUCGUGGUCUAAACGCCAACGCUGCCUCCGCCGUGCUCAAUCCUUCAACUUGAACCACGCUCACCCGUCAAGGGGUUGAUUUCAUGCUGCUUUUUAACCACACCCACUCGCCGGAGUCUAGAGGGUUGCUAAACAUAACAAAAAAUCUCACAUGAUGGACAUACCAAUCAAACCUUCCCCCGGUCCUUUUUCAUCCUUUUUUUGUUUUUAUUAUUAUUUUUUAUUUAUUUGUUGUAAAGAACAGUAACGAGGGCUUGGAAACAUCACCUCAGGACUAUGAGUUGAUGUUAUACGAUAAUAUAUAUCUCAUAUAUAAGAUAUAUGAGAUACACACACACUCUUAUAAACAGUUAUACCUACAAAUCUCUUUUCACAUGUCUACUUUGACAUUUUUUAAGGAAAAUCUCUUCACGAUCUCUGUUGCUAUUUUGUAAGCGUAAUAAAUGUCGGCCCGUUCCUGUUGAUAUCACCGGCACCCGGCCAACAGGCACCAAGGUCUGUUUCGUAUGACUGCUUUCAAAGCGAUGUUACAGGCACGGGACCGGCCGGGUAGGGCCUAGACCUUCAGCUUCAAAAGCGGGAUACCAGAAAGAUGACCUCUGAUUGGUCCAAACCAAUAAACCAAUCCCAGAGCAACUCUUCGGCACGGACAGAUUCCCAGGUCUCGUGUACAUUCAGUAGGCUCUGUGAAAUAAAUGUUAAUGACUUCGGCCUUUCUCUCAGUUUCGGGCGGAUUUGCGUGCUUAAAUUGUGUGCUGCUGUGAACGUGUAUCUUUCAAACCCUCCAUUUCUUCUCUUCCACCUGCCUGUCUUUCCUACUUUACCUUGUAUAGUCAUGCUGUACUUCACAAACGUGCCGCCGCAGCACAUACACAUAAUCUCGAAACAUUUCCCGUGCGUGUGCGAGCAUGCUGUACGUCUAUAAAUACUGUAUAUGCUGAUUUUUGAAACGUUAGUGAGCUAAAAGAAUAAUAGCACGAAUAUGAUAAUCAGGAUUAAAGACACAAACAGGUUUCCUUCUCAUAGAGUUGACCCCAAAUCCCAGCAACAAUGAAGAUGUCUUGAAUUGUUCUUAUGUUUUGACAUUAGUAGGAAGGAGUGACUCUGAACCGAUGAACUCGAUAACCUUGUGGACUGUUUAAAUGCAUUCAACAAAAAAAGAAAAACCAAGAUGUCUUGAACGCUUUCUCCAGAGCACCUUUCCAUCCGGUUCUUUUAGGUCGUCUUCAUCGUUCUCUUUAGCGCUCCCUUGUGUAUGUGCAAGUGUAUAGCACUUUUUUUUCUCAUUAUGAUUUUAAAUCGGCACCAAAACAACUUCAGGCUCUUUCUGUAUCUCCCAACAGUGCCAUUUACCCAACAUCGUUCGCCUUUUCUGAGCCCUGCAAAUUUGUUUUACAUUUCUUCUUCAAAAAAACUGUAAAUGCCAGACGUUCACAUAUUGUAUGAAUAUUGAAUGUGAUAUUGUAUGAACGUGUUACCUUUAUAAGUAUAGUAUUAAAAUAUGAAUUUGUUUGAAUGA